GCUAGCUAGCUACCUUGCUCUGUCCUUUUUAUCUCUUCUUUUUCCAUUCCUUUCCUUGGUACUAGUACUCUUCCGCUUGAUUUCCCCAGCUGCUGCUAAGUUUCUUCCUCCCACUUUCUCUUCUCUCUAGAUCACCGGCUAUGAUCUUCCUUCCUGCCUUCCUUGAUUCAUCAGACUUCUGGAACACCGACCACAACCAGCUUCAGCUGCAACAAAUCGGCACUAGCACUCAUAGUACUACCACUUCUUCACCCGAUGGUCCGGGUGAUGGAGGAUGCAACAACAAUAAUCCCAAAGGGUUCAUGGCCACAACCGGGGCCGACUACGGCGUUGCAGGGGGCGGAGAUGAUGGUUGCGGUGGUGCUGGGGACGGCGAUUGCAGUCGCGGCAGAAAUAACAAGUCGAUUUCCAUGUCGGAGCGAGCACGGCUGGCGCGGUUGCCGCAUCCAGUUCCAGGGCUCAACUGCCCGCGAUGCGAAUCCACCAACACCAAGUUUUGCUACUUUAAUAACUACUCUCUUACCCAGCCCCGCCACUUCUGCCGCUCCUGCAGCCGCUACUGGACCCAUGGCGGCGUUCUCCGCAACGUGCCCGUCGGCGGGGGGUAUCGUCGCCAUGCCAAGCGUAGGGCCAAGCCCAAGGUGGUGUCAGCCACCUCCCGAGCCUCUACGGUAGGGAAGUCGUCCGUGACACCAACCAUGUCUAGUAGUACCACUUAUGCCACUGGCACCGACAUUUCACCACCAAGAUUGCAAUACCCCAUUUUUGGCAGCACGCCGUCCCAUGACAGCCAGUUCAGCGACAUAUUCGACCCAGCUAACCUUGGUCUCGGCUUCCCUGUCAGGCUGCUCUUUGCCGAAAGCGAUGCUUACACGGUGGAUGGCUGUGCGCACCACCACCACCACCAUGCCCAUGGGAACGGGAUGGAGCAGUUGUUCGAAGCACAGAAUAGCUUCCCAUUCAUGCACGCCAUGGAUCAUCAUAUGUCUGGACUCCCAGCUGAGGCAAUGCCCAUCACAAUGGCUACGAUGCAGGGCAUGUUCCACCUAGGGUUACAGAGCGUCCGCGGGGGUCAUGGCGACGAGAUAGCAGGCCAACAGUUGCACUACCCGCCGGCCAAGAGAAACCACAAGCACCAGGAUUACGCUAGCAGCAGGGGCAUGCACAGGGAUGUGGUCAAUGGUAAUGGCACCGGCGGCUACAUUUAAUGUUCUAGUACUCGCAAUGCAACUUGUAAUUAGGUAGCUAGUUUAGAUCAACAUUUGUUCUUAGAUUAAUGUCUGGUGAAAUGGGACAGGCUAUUGUAGUCAUGUGAACUUUCAUGAA